GUGUGUACGCAUGCGCCCGAGUAGUGGCCCUGGGGCAAAGCUUUGUUUGUACGCCUGCGCGCCAGUUUCCCGCCUUCGUCGGGUCGGCUUGGUGCGGUGCAGUUGCCUCGCGCCCCUUGGCGGGAAAAUCCUGAGGGGAAGGAAAACGACGGAGGGACGGGACGGGACGGGACGGAGCCGCCAUGGAGCCCGCCAAGCCCAGGAACCUGCCCUGGGUGGAGAAAUACCGGCCUCAGAAGCUGGACGAGCUCAUCUCCCACCGCGACAUCCUCAGUACCAUUCGGAAGUUUAUCAGCGAAGACCGCCUGCCCCACCUGCUCCUCUACGGCCCCCCGGGCACGGGAAAGACGUCCACCAUCUUGGCCUGCGCCAAGCAGCUCUACAAAGAGAGGGAGUUCAACUCCAUGGUCCUCGAGCUGAACGCUUCCGAUGACCGAGGAAUAGAUAUCGUCCGGGGACCCAUCCUGAGUUUUGCCAGCACCAGGACGAUAUUCAAGAAAGGUUUUAAGCUGGUGAUCUUGGACGAGGCCGACGCCAUGACCCAGGACGCCCAGAACGCCCUGCGGAGAGUGAUCGAGAAGUUCACGGAGAACACGCGGUUCUGCCUCAUCUGCAACUACCUGUCGAAGAUCAUCCCCGCCCUGCAGUCGCGCUGCACGAGGUUCCGCUUCGGCCCGCUCACCCCGGACCUCAUGGUCCCCCGCCUGGAGCACGUCGUGGCGGAGGAGAGCGUUGACGUCAGCGAAGACGGCAUGAAAGCGCUGGUGACCCUCUCCAGCGGGGACAUGCGCAGGGCCCUGAACAUUCUGCAGAGCACCGACAUGGCCUUCGGCAAGGUGACGGAGGAGACGGUGUACACCUGCACCGGCCACCCGCUCAAGACCGACGUCGCCAACAUCCUCGACUGGAUGCUCAACGGGGACUUCACCACGGCCUACAGGAACAUCGUGGAGUUGAAAACUCUCAAAGGCCUGGCCUUGCACGACAUCCUGACGGAGAUCCACACCUUCGUCCACCGAGUUGACUUUCCGCCUUCCGUCCGGAUACACCUGUUGAUCAAAAUGGCAGACAUCGAGCACCGACUGGCCGCGGGCACCAACGAGAAGAUUCAGCUGAGCUCCCUCGUGGCCGCUUUCCAGGUCACGCGGGACCUGAUCGUGGCAGAGGCUUAGCCCUUCCCGGGGGGGGGGGCCUCUCCGGCCCCGAGCGGGGGAGCGACGGAGCGAAGGGAACCCCGGAGCGACGUCCGGAAGGCCCUCGCUCCUCCGGGGAGGCGGCGGCUCACGGGGGGACGCGUCCCACGCGGAACGUACAAGCUAAGGAUGCGGGCAGACCGCGCUCGGAGCCCCUCCGCGCGUCCCCCCCCCCCCAGUCAGGAAGAGUGCUUUUUUGCC